AUGGCAGGAAAACCCCUCCAUCCAGCGACUACGCACUUCCCAAUCGCGUCGAUAACUCUUGCGGGCCUUCUGGAUAUUCUUCAUGCCGCGGCGACAAGCCCCAGCACCGAGCCAUUCGUGGCGGCCGCCUUCAAGUCUCUGGACAUUCAGUUGUCGCUCGCUCUCCUGCCGGUCCUGUCGUACUAUGCGAUUAUCAUCGCGCUCAUCACCGCGAUUCCGGCCGUCUUAAGCGGUGCUUGGGAGUUGCUCCGUCUUAUCGCUCGCGACGGAUACGGUACACGGAAGGCUCGGACGGCUCUCGCACAUGGGGCGCUCAGCAAUAUUGCCACGGGCAUCACGGCGUAUAAUUGGUGGUCGAGGAGAGCAGUUGAAGGCUUUGCGCCUAGCACGCUCAACGUGGCACUAAGCGCUGCGUUGGCCAUGCCGGUGAUGGUUUUCGCAGCAAGUCUGGGUGGUGAUCUUGUGUAUUCUCAAGGAAUGGGGGUUGGCAGGUCGAAGGAUACGGGGAAGAAGACGCAGUGA